UGUAAGUGCUCUUUAUACAGUUAACAACUCUGCUUCCUGAAAUACUAAUGGAUAUACUCAGUUGUAAAUAUAAUUGCUACACAAGUUUACAAUAAAACUGGAAUUUAACCAGUUAUGGAGCUGGCUCACAGUUUGUUGCUGAAUGAGGAAGCAUUAGCUCAAAUCACAGAAGCAAAGAGACCUGUCUUUAUCUUUGAAUGGUUAAGAUUUUUGGAUAAAGUGCUGGUAGCUGCUAACAAGACGGAUGUCAAGGAAAAACAGAAGAAACUUGUAGAACAACUAACAGGACUCAUCAGCAGUUCCCCUGGGCCACCUACACGAAAACUACUAGCAAAAAAUCUUGCUGCUCUUUACAGCAUUGGAGACACAUUCACUGUUUUUCAGACACUUGACAAGUGUAAUGACAUCAUCAAGAGCAAAGACGAUACUGCAGCCUACCUGCCCACAAAACUGGCUGCUGUGGCAUGCGUUGGAGCAUUCUAUGAAAAAAUGGGCAGAAUGCUGGGUAGUUCUUUCCCAGAAACAGUGAAUAAUCUUUUGAAAUCUCUGAAAAGUGCAGAGUCUCAGGGCCGCAGUGAAAUUCUGAUGAGCUUACAGAAAGUCCUGAAUGGACUUGGAGGAGCAGCAGCUUCUUGUCACCGUGAUAUUUAUAAGAAUGCCAGAUCUCUGUUGACGGACAGAUCUAUGGCUGUACGAUGUGCAGUGGCUAAGUGUCUGCUGGAAUUACAGAAUGAAGCAGUGUUUAUGUGGACAGCUGAACUAGAGAAUGUUGCAACGCUGUGCUUCAAAGCUCUGGAAAACUCAAACUAUGGUGUGCGAGUUGCAGUGUCAAAGCUUUUGGGGAUGGUCAUGGCUACAGCACUGAUACCAAAACAAGCAACAGUGAUGCGGCAGAAUGUGAAGAGAGCCACGCUUGAGGAGGUUUUGGAGCUUAUGGCCACAGGAUUUCUGCGGGGAGGAUCUGGUUUCCUAAAGAGUGGCGGAGAGAUGUUAAAAGUAGGAGGAUCAGUCAAUAGGGAAGUGCGAGUUGGUGUCACCCAGGCCUAUGUUGUCUUUGUCACAACGUUGGGAGGUCAGUGGUUGGAGCGCAACUUUGCUACAUUUUUGUCCCAUGUACUUGAUCUGGUCUCCCAUCCUCGUGCAACUCAGACCCAUGUGGAGGCCGUUUACUCUCGAAGAUGCGUGUCCUUUAUCCUGAGAGCAACUGUGGGCAGCUUACUUGGGGAGAAAGCACAGAUUGCAGCUGCCAAAGAUAUAUGUCAAGCCAUUGGUAAACAAAUGAAGGCAGUGGAAGCAGUAGUGAAUGACACUAACAGUGAAAAUAAAUCAGGAGCAGCUGAUGUAGCUGCAAGCCAGCAUGUAAUGGUGUGUGCCCUCCAGGAACUGGGUAGUCUGGUUCAGAGUCUGAAUGCCACUGCAUCUCCUCUUAUUCAAGAACCCUCUAUUGGUCUGUUGGAGACAGUAACUUCCGUUCUUCUUCAUCCCAGCAUGGCUGCUCGGCUUGCUGCCGCAUGGUGUUUGCGGUGUGUAGCUGUGGCAUUGCCUUUUCAGUUGACUCCAUUUUUAGAUAGAUGUGCAGAAAGGCUCAACAAUCUGAAGACCUCCCCUGAAGCUGUUAGUGGCUACAGUUUUGCAAUGGCUGCUUUGUUGGGUGGUGUGCAUCAGUGUCCCUUAGGUAUUCCUCAUGCCAAAGGAAAGAUGGUGGUCAGUAUUGCUGAGGAUCUGUUACGAACUGCUGCACAAAACAGCAGGCUGUCCUUGCAGCGGACUCAAGCUGGAUGGCUUUUACUUGGAGCACUUAUGACUUUAGGUCCUUCUGUUGUUCGGUAUCAUCUGCCUAAGAUGUUGCUGCUCUGGAGAAAUGUAUUUCCACGUUCUCUCAAGGAGUUGGAGGCAGAGAAGGCGAGAGGAGAUUCUUUUACCUGGCAAGUAACCCUGGAAGGCCGAGCUGGAGCUCUCUGCGCUAUGAGAAGUUUUGUUGCUCACUGUCCUGAGCUCCUUACUGAGGAUGUGAUCAGAAAAUUGAUGACGCCCAUAGAAUGUGCCAUGACAAUGAUGUCACAUAUUCCAUCAGUAAUUAAAGCCCAUGGAGCUCAUCUCAAAGCUAGUGCAGCUAUGGUCCGUUUAAGACUUUAUGAUAUAUUGGCUUUAUUACCUCCAAAGACAUAUGAAGGAUCAUUUAAUGCGCUUCUUCGAGAGUUGGUAGCAGAAUUUACUUUGACAGACAACUCUGCUAAUACAACCACAUCGCUCCUAAGGUCUCUUUGUCAUUAUGAUGAUAGCGUUCUUCUUGGCUCUUGGCUGCAGGAAACGGAUCAUAAGUCAAUUGAAGAUCAGCUUCAGCCAAAUAGUGCAUCUGGAAGUGGUGCUUUGGAACAUGAUCCAUCUUCUAUUUAUUUGCGUAUUCCUGCUGGUGAAGCUGUACCUGGUCCCCUUCCAUUAGGAGUAUCUGUCAUCGAUGCAUCUGUGGCUCUCUUUGGUGUGGUUUUUCCUCAUGUCUCUUACAAACAUAGAUUACAGAUGUUGGAUCACUUUGCUGAAUGUGUCAAGCAGGCUAAAGGUGUUCGCCAGCAAGCUGUGCAGCUUAAUAUCUUUACUGCUGUUCUUAGUGCCUUGAAGGGUUUAGCUGAGAAUAAAAGCACUUUAGGACCAGAAGAAGUCCGCAAAUCUGCUCUGACAUUGGUAAUGGGUGCCCUUGAUAAUCCUAACCCUAUUUUGAGAUGUGCAGCAGGUGAAGCUCUUGGCAGAAUGGCUCAAGUGGUUGGAGAAGCAUCUUUCAUAGCUAGAAUGGCUCAGUACAGUUUUGAUAAGUUAAAAUCUGCUCGAGAUGUUGUAUCAAGAACAGGCCAUUCUUUGGCUCUGGGCUGUCUCCAUCGAUAUGUUGGCGGAAUAGGUUCUGGACAGCAUUUGAAAACCAGCGUUAGUAUUCUUUUGGCUUUGGCACAAGAUGGAACCUCUCCUGAAGUCCAGACCUGGUCUCUCCAUUCGCUUGCUUUGAUAGUAGAUUCUAGUGGACCAAUGUACCGUGGGUAUGUGGAGCCAACUCUGUCCCUAGUUCUUACUCUGCUCUUAACUGUUCCACCAUCACAUACGGAAGUGCAUCAAUGCCUAGGCCGAUGUCUUGGAGCUAUAAUAACUACCGUUGGGCCUGAGCUGCAAGGUAAUGGAGCUACAAUUUCAACAAUCCGUUCUUCCUGUUUGGUGGGAUGUGCAAUCACACAAGACCAUUCAGACUCGCUUGUUCAGGCAGCUGCCAUAUCCUGCCUUCAGCAGCUUCAUAUGUUUGCGCCACGGCACGUCAACCUGUCCAGUCUGGUUCCCAGUCUUUGCGUUCAUUUGUGCAGCUCCCACUUGCUGCUUCGCCGGGCUGCAGUUGCAUGUUUACGGCAGCUUGCUCAGAGGGAAGCAGCAGAGGUUUGUGAAUAUGCCAUGAGCUUAGUGAAAAAUGCUGGAGAAAAAGAAAACAGUAGCAUCAAUAUCAAUCCUUUUGCACCAGGAGCUGGUUCUCGGCGAGACACUCAUUCCCGGCAUCAGGGGAUUAAUAUAACAGAGACAGGCCUUGAAGGUGUCCUUUUUGGAAUGUUGGAUCGGGAGACUGAUCGGAAGCUGUGCUCAGACAUCCAUGAUACUCUGGGACAUAUGCUUUCAUCGCUGGCAGUAGAAAACCUUUCUCACUGGCUAAUGCUUUGUAAGGAUGUCCUUGCAGCUUCCAGUGACAUGAGCACUGCAGCUCCUUUGGGCGGAGGGAAGGAUGAAGAAUCAGAGAAGAAGGAUGAGAUGGAUGAUGAUACAAUGUUUACCACCUUGGGUGAAGAGGAUAAAUCCAAGCCUUCUGUAGCACCUCGUUGGGCGACUCGUGUGUUUGCAGCAGAUUGUCUGUGCCGAGUUAUCAUGCUGUGUGAGAAUGCCAACAAGGCUCACUUUGAUCUGGCACUGGCUCGCUCAGCCAGACUUAAAAACCCCAAAAAUGACUUCCUGGUACUCCAUCUCUCUGACCUUAUUCGAAUGGCAUUCAUGGCUGCGACUGAUCACAGCAACCAGUUACGAAUGGCGGGUCUUCAAGCUCUUGAAGAUAUUAUCAAGAAAUUUGCAUCAGUUCCUGAGCCAGAGUUUCCAGGCCAUGUGAUACUGGAGCAGUAUCAGGCUAAUGUUGGAGCUGCUCUGAGGCCGGCUUUUUCCCAAGAUACACCAUCUGAUAUAACUGCAAAGGCCUGCCAGGUAUGUAGCGCUUGGAUAGGAAGUGGGGUUGUAAGUGACCUGAAUGAUCUCCGCCGAGUUCACAACCUUCUUGUCUCUUCCCUGGAUAAAGUGCAAGCAGGAAAGGGAUCUUCUAGCCAGCUUUACCGAGAGAGUGCAACUACUAUGGAAAAACUUGCUGUUCUGAAAGCAUGGGCUGAGGUGUACGUUGUUGCCAUGAAAAUUAAGAAAGAAGCAGAGACCAAGCCAAAACGUGUUUUAAAGAGCACAGAGGAAGAUGAAGAUGACUUUGGUACUGUAGAUGAGUUGCCACCAGACAGUUUGAUAACACUUGUACAACCUGAGCUGCCUGCACUUAGCCGUCUCUGGUUAGCUGCACUUAAAGAUUAUGCUCUUUUAACUUUACCAGCUGAAUUUGCUACCCAGCUUCCACCAGAUGGGGGAGCAUUUUACACUCCAGAAACAAUUGAUACAGCUAGACUGCAUUACCGGAACUCCUGGGCUCCCAUAUUACAUGCGGUGGCGCUGUGGCUAAACAGUACAGGAUUUAAUGCUUCAGAGUCAACUGAAGAGACUGCUGCAGCAAUGCCGAAUUCACAGAAACGUGCUACAUCCAUUAUGUUAAACCAGACACCUGGAACUCCACCUACCACAAAAUCUUUGCCAGAGAUAAACAAAGAUCGAAUGCACUUAAUUUUGGGUGUUAGUAUACAGUUUCUGUGUUCCCCAAGACCUGAAGAGCCUGUUGAGCAUGUUACAUCUUGUUUACAAGCACUUCAUACGUUAUUGGAUUCCCCUUGUGCCAGGAUCCAUAUUGCAGAGGAUCAGCUCCUUGGUGUUGAACUCUUGAGUGUACUUCACCGACUCCUCCUGACCUGGGAUCCUCCUUCAGUCCAGCUACUGGUUACAGGAGUUGUCCAGCAGAUAGUAAGAGCAGCUCAAGAUUAUUUGCAGGAAAAAAGGAACACCCUAAAUGAAGAUGAUAUUGAGGAAAAAGAAAAUCCUCUUGCUUUAGGAGAGGGAGGUGAGAGUGGUGGUCUUGUACCUGGAAAAUCUCUAGUCUUUGCAGCCAUGGAGUUGCUGAUGUUUAUCCUAGUACGGCACAUGCCCCAUCUGAGUUCAAAAGUGUCAGAUUCUCCAAGCCACAUUGCUGCUAAGUCCCACCUCUCUGAGGAAAGUGCUCGUCUUGUCGCCGCCACUGUUACUAUAUUGUCUGACCUGCCUUCUCUGUGUUCUCCAGCAGGAUGUAUGACCAUCUUACCCACUAUCCUAUUUCUGAUUACAAGAGUGUUGAAAGAAACAGCAGUAAAAUCGGCAGAUAAUCAGGUCCCACCUCCAGUCAGUGCAGCCCUUCAAGGGAUAAAAACUAUUGUUACUCUUCCAACAGUCAAGACUGAUGAAACUCAGAAACAAUGGACAGGUCUUAUCCGCAGCACUCUGGCAUCUAUCUUGGAAUACUCUCAACCUGAAGCCUCUAAGCCUGUUCUUGAUGAAGUCAGCAUACUUACAGCUAUCACUCUCUUCCUUUGGUCAGCAAGCACUGAAAUAAUUGGAGUGCAGUGUUUACAAAAUGGAUGUAUGAACAGAUUUAAAAGUGCAUUAAAUUCCUGUGACCCUUGGGUUCAAGCCAAGUGUUAUCAGCUUCUGCUUUCUGUGUUUCAACACACCAAUCGUGCCCUGUCAACUCCAUAUAUUCAUUCAUUGGCCCCUAUCAUGGUUGAGAAAUUGAAAGCUGUGGAAAGAAGCCGCCCGAACAACAACCUGGAGCUGCUAGCAGUCCAGGAAGGAAUUAAAGUCCUUGAAACACUGGUAGCCCUUGGUGAAGAGCAGAAUAGAGUCCAGUUACUUGCCCUUCUGGUUCCCACUCUGAUCUCCUAUUUACUGAAUGAAAAUGCCUUUGCUUCUGCAUCUACAGCAUCUAAGGAUCUUCAUGAAUUUGCACUUCAGAAUCUAAUGCACAUUGGUCCACUUUACCCACAUGCUUUCAAGACAGUAAUGGGAGCUGCUCCUGAAUUAAAAACACGUCUAGAAACUGCAGUCCGAGCAAGUCAGGCCAGCAAAGCAAAAGCAGCUGCUAGGCAACCACCACCCACAGUACAUUCCACCCCAACAAUUAAACUGAAAACUAGCUUUUUUUGAAUUACUUUUAUUAGUUUUGGACCAUUAAGUAGUCAGAAGCAUUAAAUUAUCCCUGAUGUUACUGUGUAUCUGUCUGUAAUUUUGUGUAAUUUGUAUGUGAAAGGCUGUCUAAUAGAGCUUUGUGUAAUUACUUGAAAUCCACGCAUUAAAAGGGAAGUGGUGUAUUUGUAUAGAUUUUUAGGAAAUUGAAUGUGAUCAUAUUUAUGAAUUUGUGUUAUAAAUUAUCCACAAAAAAACCCAACCCUAUUAUCUGACUAGUUAUGUUUAUUUUUAAAAGCUACUCCAAACCUUUGAGUGUUUUGGUUUUGUUUUUUGGGGGGUUUUUUGGUUUGUUUUUUUUCCUUAGAUCUGGUGAUUGUUAUCCUACUGUUGUGCCAGCACACUAACACAGUGGGGACAGAGGGAACGGGGGAAACUGUUACAAAAUACCAUGCACCAUGGGAAAUUUCAAGUGUUGAAUAUGCACUUUUUCCUUCUAAAAAUGAAGUAGGGAAGGGGAUUGUCAGAAGUCGUAGAUCAUUUCAGCUUGCAUGAAAAAUAACAGCUGAAAAUUUUCAGGCUUUCUCAAGGUGAUCGACCAAGCAUGCUGUCUUAAUGAGUUGUCCUUAUUUGUGGUGUACAUUAUUUCAGAUUGAUUUCCAUGCUUGAAAUUAAUAAAGGAUGCAAAGAAUCUAA